UUACAUUUACAGUGGUGGCAAAAAAGAGAAAGUAUGUUGCAGCGGGAGAUCAAUGAAGGCGAGUGAAUGGGGGGCUGGAUGCGUAAAUCGAUAGCCGUCGCCGAGCGCCAGGUGCGGAAGGGAGAGCUUCCUUUAUGAAAGAGAGAUUGAGUUUCUUUUGACUUGCCAUUCUCAGCCUCCUCAUGCCUCCAUCUCCACUAGACGACAGGGUAGUAGUGGCACUCUCCAGGCCUGUAAGACCUCAGGAUCUCAACCUUUCCUUAGACUCCAGCUACCUUGAACCCGCCUCUUCCACCAGCGAGAGCCACGUGAGUCUCCUUAGCACCGCUGUCGUGUCCCUCAAGGCUGCUAAUCUCACGUAUAUGCCCUCAUCCAACGGCUCUGCUCGCUCCCUGAGUUGUGGAUGCAGCAGCGCCAGUUGCUGCACUGUGGCAACGUACGACAAGGACAAUCAGGCCCAAACACAAGCCAGCACCAGCAGCACUUCUGCCAACGUAGGAACCUCGACCACGUGCCCUGCGAACCAAAUGGUCAACAACAAUGAGAACUCUGGCACUUUGAGUCCCUCGACUGGAGUAGGGAGCCCUGUCUCAGGCCCAACAAAACCCUUGGCUAGCAUCAAAAUCAUCUACCCCAAUGACCUGGCUAAAAAAAUGACCAAAUGUACCAAAAGCCAUCAAGGGCCUGUGAUCAUUGAUUGUCGGCCUUUCAUGGAAUACAACAAGAGCCACAUUCAGGGAGCUGUUCACAUCAAUUGCUCUGAUAAGAUCAGCCGGAGGAGGCUUCAGCAGGGCAAGAUCACUGUCUUGGACUUGAUCUCUUGCCGAGAAGGCAAGGACUCCUUCAAGAGGAUCUUUUCCAAAGAAAUAGUUGUUUAUGAUGAGAAUACCAAUGAGCCAAGCAGAGUAAUACCUUCGCAGCCAUUGCACAUAGUGCUGGAGUCUCUUAAGCGAGAAGGCAAGGAACCUUUGGUUCUAAAAGGUGGACUCAGCAGUUUCAGACAGAACCACGAAAACCUCUGUGAUACCUCCCUCCAACUCCAAGAGUGCCCAGAAGGUGGUGGAGGUGGUGGGGGUGGUGCCACCGCGGUGACCUGUACGCUACCUCAAUCCGUCCCGACCACUCCAGACAUUGAGAAUGCUGAACUCACCCCCAUCCUGCCCUUCUUAUUCCUUGGCAAUGAACACGACGCUCAGGACUUGGAGAAGAUGCAGCGGCUGAACAUUGGCUACAUCAUCAAUGUCACCACUCACCUCCCCCUCUAUCAUUAUGAGAAAGGCUUAUUCAACUACAAGCGGCUCCCCGCCACAGACAGCAACAAGCAGAAUCUCAGGCAGUAUUUUGAAGAGGCUUUUGAAUUCAUUGAGGAAGCUCACCAGUGUGGGAAAGGUCUCCUUAUCCACUGCCAGGCUGGUGUGUCCCGCUCUGCCACCAUAGUCAUUGCUUACCUUAUGAAGCACACGCGGAUGACCAUGACUGAUGCCUAUAAGUUUGUCAAAGGCAAGCGACCAAUCAUUUCACCUAAUCUUAAUUUCAUGGGGCAGUUAUUAGAGUUUGAAGAAGAUCUAAACAACGGAGUUACACCCCGAAUCCUUACGCCAAAGCUCAUUGGGGUUGAGACUGUCGUGUGACAAUAAAGAAGCAUGGGAGAGACGAUCAUAUUUUUGACACAAAGUGAGAGGGUUGGGUGGUUGUUUUUUUAAGUUUUAUUGGGGAAGGUUUGUUUUAAGAGAUACUCUGGACAGCAACCUUUUGAAGAAGAGGUUCUAAAAAUAGAAGGACUUCACAAAUGUUGGAGUGAAUGCUGUUGCAAGUCCAUUUUUUGGGGAAAAAAUGGAAGAAGAGAGGUGCUUUAAAAGAAAAGCAGUUUUUGAAAUCUACUUGCGUGUGAGAGAGAAAAAAAAGGACACUAUAUAUUUUUAUUUCCUUUUUUGUGAUUCAGCUACUUGUAGAGAUUAUGACUAAGUAGUCUGUGCGGGUUCAUAGACCGAUAACAGUUAUGUUUAAAAAAUAAAUAAAACACAACCAGCCAAAAUAAAAGCAAAAAGACAACAAAAUCCAUGGGCCUUGAGACUGCAAAGGCUUUGCUAAAGAAAAUCUAAGCAAAAUGCUUGCUGGUGCAAAGAAGGUCAGAGCAGCUUAAACUAUCUGCAGAUCACUUUCUCACCCUCCUGACUAGAUAAAAUAUUUUUAUUUGCUGUGUUUCAUCUUCCGGUACUGUUUUUUCUAUUUGGGGUGAGGGUGGGGCUGGACUAUUUUAUGCCAUAUGCCUUUACUGGCUUCUUGUGCAAUAAUAGUUUUGGGGGGUGGGAAGAGUUCUUUAUUUUGAGUGUUCAAACCAGUUUCAGCUGGCUGCCCAAUAAUAAU